GAAGGCCUACCCACCAUGUUUUAUGGGACUCACUUCAUCAUGUCUCCACCCGCCAAGGGCAAGUUGAAGCGGCAAGGCCAGCUGUUGUCCAGUGUGCUGUCCAGGACUUUGAGCUACAAGCACCGGGACCUGGACCCCGCAUUCUCCAGCCUGGGUGCCAGCGAUGACCCCUCUGAGCUUUCCACCCAGCUCUCAGCCCCAGGGGUCCUGAAGGUGUUUGGGGACAGUGUUUGUACAGGUACCCACUACAAGAGCGUCUUGGCCACUGGCACCUCCAGUGCCCAGGAGCUGGUGAAGGAGGCACUAGAGCGAUAUGCCCUGGAUCCCACACAUGCCAGCCAGUAUGUGCUGUGCGAUGUGGUGGGCCAAGCUGCAGAUGCUGGGCAGCGGUGGCAGGCCCAGUGCUUUCGAGUAUUUGGGGAUAAUGAGAAGCCUCUCUUGAUUCAAGAGUUGUGGAAACCCCGAGAAGGCUUAUCACGGAGGUUUGAGCUGAGAAAGAGAUCAGACGUGGAAGAGCUGGCAGCCAAGGACGUGGACACCACCACAGCAGGAAUAAAUGCCCAAGCCCGGAGGCUGCAGCGGAGUCGUGCCAAGGGAACCCGGGCCCUGGGCCCAGAAGGUGCCCAGAGCUCCUUUCCAUCCCGGCUUCGCCGCACAGUCAGUGAGACCAGCCUGAGCUCAGCCACCACCCUGCCCGACGCCGCCCCGGGCCCCGAGGAGCUCAGUCAGGACACCAUGCGCUUCUCACUAUACCAGUCCCCACACCUGCUCCUCCUGCAGGGUUACAGCCAGCAGCACGACAGCCUGGUGUACGUGCUCAACCGGGACCGGCACACGGUGGGCCAGCGGACCCCUGCUAGCAAGCCCAGCAUCAGCCUUUCGGCCCCUGACAUCCUGCCCCUGCACUGCACCAUCCGCCGGCUCCAGCUAGCGGGCAGCCAGGCGGGGGACAGGCUGGUCCUGGAGCCCAUCCCUGGGGCACCCGUCUCGGUCAAUUUCUCAGAGGUGGGGCUGAGGACAGUGGUGCUGCGCCACGGGGACCUGCUCUCUCUGGGCCUCUACUACCUGCUGCUGUUCAAGGACCCAGCGCAGGCCCAGCCCCUGCCCACCCAUGCCCUGGCCUGCCUGCAGGCUGUGCCACAGAGUUGUCGCAUGUGUGGUGCCGUGCUCAGCACCUGGGGCACUGCCCACUCUGCGCCGGCCACCCUGUCCCGGCGACGGCAGCUGGUACUGGAGUUUGAGCCUGACCUGGAGGACACGCUACUGCAGAGGAUCAUGACACUGAUCGAGCCAGGAGGUGACGACCAUAAGCUCACCCCUGCCUUCCUCCUCUGCCUCUGCAUCCAGCACUCAGCCACCCACUUCGAGCCUGGCACAUUUGGGCAGCUCCUGCUCAAGAUAGCCAAGAGGAUCCGCGAGACAGUCUGGGAGAAAACCAAAGAAUUAGCAGAGAAGCAGGCACAAUUCCAGGAGCCCAUCUCCUCGGCCAGCUUUACCAUGGCUGACCUAGUUCCAGACCUGCAGCACAUUCUUUUCUGGAUGUCUAACUGCAUCGAGCUCCUGUACUUUAUCCAGCAGAAAUGCCCACUCUACAUGCAGAGCAUGGAGGAGCAGCUGGACAUCACAGGAUCCAAGGAGUCGCUGUUCUCCUGCACGCUGACAGCCAGCGAGGAGGCCAUGGCCAUGCUAGAGGAGGUGGUGCUGUAUGCCUUCCAGCAGUGCGUCUACUACAUCUCCAAGUCCCUGUACGUCUGCCUCCCAGCCCUUCUGGAAUGCCCCCCAUUCCAAACAGAAUGCAGGGAGAGCUGGAGCUCUGCCCUUGAGCUGCCUGAGGAGCUACGCCGCGUCGUGUCCGUGUAUCAGGUGGCCCUGGACCUCCUGCGGCAGUUGCAGGUGCACCCUGAGGUGGCCUCACAGAUGCUCUCCUACCUUUUCUUCUUCUCCGGCACUCUGCUCCUCAACCAGCUCCUCGACAGGGGCCCCUCCUUGAGCUGCUUUCACUGGCCCAGAGGAGUCCAGGCCUCUGCCCGCCUGCAACAGCUCCUGGAGUGGACCAGGAACACUGGCUUCGAGGAGGCUGGACAGCACUUCUUCCGGAAGCUCUCCUGUACCCUCAACCUGCUGGCCACUCCCAGGGCCCAACUUGUGCAGAUGAGUUGGGCAGCUCUGCGGGCUGCCUUCCCUGCCCUGAGCCCAGCACAGCUGCACCGGCUGCUGACUCAGUACCAGCUGGCCUCGGCCAUGGGCCCCAUGAGUGCCUGGGAGCCAGGGGCCCGGGAAAGCCCUGCUGCCUUCAAGUCAGAGGAUGUCCUGGAGUCCUAUGAAAACCCCCCACCCAUCGUUCUGCCGAGUGAGGGCUUCCAGGUGGACUUAGAAGCCGACUGCCUGGAUGAUAGCAUCUAUCAGCACCUGCUCUACAUCCGCCACUUCCUAUGGAGCCUGCGAAGCAAGGCCAGCCCUAGCAGCGGGCCUGCCCAGCCAGAGGGCCCUGAGGGUGCAGACCACACCAGCCCGGAGGCUUCUAGGGACCCAGGCAAGGCAGCCCGAGAAGCUGUCCCAUCAUGUUCUCUUCCUUUGGCGGGGGCUCCCUGGGUACCAGAACUCCCUAGAAGGCAGCCCAGCCGUGGGGGCCGAGGGGGCUCCCAGGCUGGGCCCCUGCACACUGACUCGUCAUGCCUGCUCACGCCUCCCAGCACCCCCAUUGGCCUUGAACCUGGGGACCCUGGCUGCCCAGAUCCCAGCAGCACCUGUGGAAAGGCACUCCCGGAAGGGCAGAGGAACGGGCCAAGCAGCCCCUGGGGCGUAGCUCCAGAUGGUGAGGACUCUCAAGCUCAGGCCUGAGACCCCGUGGCCCCCUCCAGCCACAGCUCCAGCACAGAGGACUUCUGCUACAUCUUCGAGGUGGAGCUGGAGCGAGGCCCCUCAGGGCUGGGGAUGGGCCUGAUCGACGGGAUGCACACGCCCCUGGGCACCCCAGGGCUCUACAUCCAGACCCUGCUUCCGGGCAGCCCUGCCGCGUCUGAUGGGCGGCUGUCGCUGGGAGACCGCAUCCUGGAGGUCAACGGCAGCCACCUGGCAGGGGUCAGCUACCUGAGAGCUGUGGAUCUGAUCCGACAUGGGGGGAAGAAGAUGCGGUUCCUGGUUGCCAAGUCUGAUGUGGAAACAGCCAAGAAGAUCCACUUCCGCACACCCCUGCCCUAGAGAGGGGCUGGCAGGAUGCCCUACAUA